AGUUGUACUAUCAGUUGUGCAAAGAAAAGAAAGUGAAAAACUUGGUUAAAAGAGUAGAGGAAUAAAAAUGAAGGAUUGUUUUUAUUGGGGUGUAACAGUUGAGAAUCUUCUCUUUAAAGGAUUCUCAUCCAAGACAGUUGGUGGACUCAUAGGCCAGUGCUUUUUUGUAGGUUCGCUAGCGUUCCUCUUUGAGUAUUUGAGAUACCUCCAAACCAAACAAAAACAAAAAGAAUUGAUAUUGAGAGUAAAACAGCUAAAAUUAGUAUGUACCACUGAAAGUGCGGCAUUAAUAGCUCAAACAGUGACGAACCCAGAGAAUCCUCUAAAUAUAACUUUAUUUGACAGAGCCUUGUUAUUUGGAACAGAAAUCUCUCUAUGGUUGUUAUUACAAAAUUUGGGAUAUUUCAUAAUGCUGGCUGUGAUGGUUUAUAAUGCUUGGUUUCUUGUAUCUGCUGUUAUCGGCGGAGCAUUGGGAUAUUUUAUUUUUGGACAAAUGUUUAUGAAAAUAAAUCUCCAGAAUUGUCAAUUAAUGAGAACUACUUAUUGCAGUCAGAUAUGUGGAGAUCUGCCAGGUAAAAACAUGAUAAAAAAAAUAAUAUUUAUUAUGGAACUUUAUAAUGUUGCAAAUAUUACUUCAGAUAUCAAAUCAGUUUUAAAAAUUUUCCUCAGAAAAAUAUUUUUAGAUUUUAUUAGCAAAUCGAAAACUUUUCUAGAUGCAAUUAUACCAAAAGAAGGAGAAUCUACACCGGCGGCAACGACACCAUCAACUUCAAACGACUGUUUAGAAUAUUCACACAAAAUUCAUACUGACGACGAUGGAAUAACAGUACACGCACCAUGCCAUUGA